UUAUCGCAAUUCGCAACGCAAGUUCAAACAUAAGAUCUCCACCGGCUCCACUCGUGGCUCGUCUUCUCCAGAAUCUCGCAUUCUCCGACCUCCAUUGUUGCAGACCUACCACUUACGCUCUACGAGUAUACGCUCCCAGUCCUCACGGCCUCACCGCCCUAACGUCCUCAGACAGUCAGACACGCCAACGCCUACACCUUUCCGCUGAGACGCCGGUGACCGGUGACCCCUUUCCGCCUGUCGACCGAGACGCGGAGACGCCGAGUCAGUCCGACAGUCUCCCACUCUUCCUCAGGUCACUGAAGGCGAAGUUCUCCCGGUUAGAGCGCAUCCAAUGGCUUCUCCUAACCAUCUCGAUGAUGACGAUGAUUUUGGCGGGGAUUUCACUGGAUCCCGGCGUUCAGGGACUAAGAGAAGCUUUGGAGAGCUUGAUGAUGAUGAAGAGGAUCUUUUUGGCUCCAAGAAGGGAAACAUAAAAGUGGAAGAAACUGCUCCUGGUGCUGCAACGGGGACUAUUUUGUCUCUUCGUGAGAGUCUUAAGGACUGUAAAGAAACCCUUGCAACAUGUCAGUCAGAACUUGAAGCUGCAAAGUCUGAAAUACUGAAGUGGCAUUCUUCAUUUCAGAAGGAAUCUUUCAUGCCUUCUGGAACAACCCCUGAACCAAAAAUUGUGAUAAACUAUCUUCAAAACCUAAGGUCAUCCGAGGAGUUGUUACGGGAACAGUUGGAGAAAGCUAAGAAAAAAGAAGCUGCCUUUAUAGUAAAUAUUGCAAAACGAGAUCAAGAGAUAGCUGAGUUGAAGUCUGCAGUUCGUGACCUAAGAGCUCAACUUAAACCACCAUCCAUGCAGGCAAGGAAACUAUUGUUAGAUCCAGCUAUUCAUGAAGAGUUCACACGCCUGAAGAAUUUGGUAGAAGAGAAGGAUAAAAAGGUCAAGGAGUUGCAAGAUAAUAUUAAUGCUGUCAAUUUUACCCCACAAAGCAAGAUGGGGAAGAUGUUAAUGGCCAAAUGCAGGACUCUACAGGAGGAAAAUGAGGAGAUUGGUAAUCAAGCCAAUGAGGGGAAGAUGCAUGAAUUGGCAAUGAAACUAGCUUUGCAGAAAUCACAGAAUGCAGAACUCAAAGGUCACUUUGAAGGGUUAUGCAAACAAGUAGAGGGGCUGACUAAUGAUGUUGAAAUAUCAAAUGAAAUGGUGUUUAUGUUGCAAGAGAAGCUGGAAGAGAAGGAUAUGGAAAUUAGAAGGAUAAAGAAAGAGUUGGAGCAAAGAGGUGUCAAGGAAGAGCCACUUGAGAAAACCAUUACUACAGAGGAGAAGAAUGAGCCCUCUUCUGAUGAUAAAAUAGCCACCAACGAAGGAGGGCUAACUACUGAAGCACCAUUGGAGGAUUCAUAGGCCGCCCGGCUGCUUUUGUAUUCGGAAUUAUAUUCAAUUCCCCCCUCAUUCUGAUUGUACUAUGUGAAUCAAAUUCCGUUUUUGCAUAGAUAGUUUCCUUAAUUCUUAGUAAAAAUUCUGAUGUUUGGAUCUUUCUUAUAUUUUUUCUCCUUAAAAUGCCAUGGACAACAUAUUGUCUUAAGGAGCGAUGACUAACAUAGCUUGCACUAGUUAUACCA